AUGACCACAGUGGCAGAUUUAAAUAAACCAUUCUCGCCGUGCGAUCUGAAGAAGAUACGCUCAAUAGAGUUUGGAAUACUGGAUCCAGAAAUCAUCAAGAGGAUGUCAGUAUGCGAAAUCACCCUGACGGAACUGUACCGCGAAGGUGUUCCACAAACAGGAGGAUUGAACGACCUGAGAAUGGGAACGACGGACCCUCGACACGUAUGUACAACGUGCCGUAUGGACCUAAAGUAUUGCCCAGGACAUUUCGGGCACAUAGUCUUGGCAAAACCAAUGUACCACUACGGGUUUAUGCCGACAAUCAUUAAGAUUCUCAGCAGCGUGUGCUUCAACUGUAGUAAGCUAAGAUUGGACAAAGAGGACCCGAAAAUGAGAAAUAUAUUAAAAAUACCACCAGGAGCAAUGCGACUCAACUACAUAGCAACAAUGUCUAAGCCAAUCACAAAUUGCCAGUUUAAAUCACAGUCAGUAUCGAAGGUCCAAGGCUGCGGAUACCCACAGCCGAUAUUCACAAAGGAAGGACCGAACCUGAUGAUCAAAUUCACACAAAAACAGAGAGAAGUGCUGGAGGAAGCAGAGGAGCCGUGCGACGACAUACAAAGGCCGCUGGCGCCGGAGGAGGCGUUCAAGGUGCUGAAGGGGAUCACGACGGAGGACAUGAAGUACCUGGGAUUCGUGCCGGAAAGGUCGCAACCGUCAUGGCUUAUCCUAAACGUGUUGCCAGUGCCGCCGCCAGCAGUGAGGCCGUACGUGCAGUACGGAAGCGACCGCAGCGAAGAUGACCUGACGCUGAAGCUGCUGGACGUGCUGAAGACGAACAACCUGAUCAAGAGACACGACAAAAGAGCAACAGCACCGCACAUAAUACAGGAAAUGUGCCAGCUGCUGCAGUUCCAUAUCACGACGCUGUUCGACAACGACAUCCCAGGAAUGCCAGUAGCCUCGACGAGGUCGAAGAAGCCGAUCAAGUCGAUAAGAGCAAGACUUAAGGGGAAGGAGGGAAGGCUGAGAGGGAACCUGAUGGGAAAGAGAGUGGACUUCUCAGCAAGAACAGUGAUCACAGGAGACCCGAACAUACCAAUAGACACGAUAGGAGUGCCGAAGAGCAUAGCAAUGACGCUGACGUUCUGCGAAACUGUAAACUCGCUGAACUACGAGAGUCUGAGGAAGAAGGUGGAGGUGGGUCCGCACGACUGGCCGGGAGCUAAGUACAUAAUAAGAGAGGAUGGGACGAGGUUUGACCUGCGACACGUGAAGAAGAGCAGUGAGCUGCAGCUGGAGUACGGCUACAAGGUGGAGCGGCACAUGCAGGACGGAGAUUACAUCCUCUUCAACAGGCAGCCCUCGCUGCACAAAAUGAGCAUCAUGGGACACAAGGCGAAGAUACUGCCGUACUCGACCUUCAGGCUCAACCUGAGCGUGACGACGCCGUACAACGCAGACUUCGACGGAGACGAAAUGAACCUGCACCUGGUGCAGUCGCACGAAACGAGAGCGGAGGUGAAGCACCUGAUGUUGGUGCCGAAGCAGAUCGUAUCACCGCAGGGGAACAGGCCAGUGAUGGGAAUUGUGCAGGACUCGCUGCUGGCAGUCUCGAAGUUCACGAAGAGAGACACCUUCCUGACGCGCGACGAGCUGAUGUCGCUGCUGAUCUGGAUACCCUACUGGGACGGGAAGCUGCCGCAGCCAGCAAUCUUCUUCCCGAAGAACCUGUGGACGGGAAAGCAGGUGAUCUCAGUGCUGCUGACGUUCAACCAGGCGCAGGGGAUCACGAACAUAAACCUGAUCAGAGACGGAAGCAUAAAGCUGGAGAAGGACAACCUGAACUGCAGCGUGAACGACUCGAGAGUCAUAAUUAGGAAAAAUGAGCACCUGAGCGGGAUCAUCUGUAAGAAGACAGUGGGCUGCAGCUCAGGCUCGCUGAUACACAUCCUGUGGCACGAGGCGGGUCCGGAGAAGUGCAGAGACUUCCUGACGACGCUGCAGAAGGUAGUUAACAACUGGUUCCUGCAGGUGGGCUUCACAGUCUCGUGCAGCGACAUCUGCUGCUCGACGACGACACUAAACAAGGUGUCGAAGAUCCUGGACAAGAGUAAGAAGGAGGUGCAGAAGCUGGUGCUGCAGGCGCAGAAGGGGAAGCUGAAGUGUCAGCCAGGAAAGUCGCUAUUCGAGUCGUUUGAAGCACGAGUGAACAAGGAGUUGAACGACGCAAGAGAGCAGAGCGGGAGCGUGGUAGCGUCGUCACUUAACAUAUCGAACAACAUCCUGUCUAUGGUAAACUCGGGCUCGAAGGGGUCGACGAUAAACAUAUCGCAGAUCAUAGCGUGCGUGGGUCAGCAGAACGUGGAGGGGAAGAGAAUCCCCUUCGGCUUCAAGGACAGAAGUCUGCCGCACUUCAUCAAGCACGACUACGGGCCUGAGAGCAGAGGCUUCGUGUCGAACAGUUACCUGAGCGGUCUGACGCCGCAGGAAAUGUUCUUCCACGCAAUGGGAGGAAGAGAGGGGAUCAUCGACACGGCGUGCAAAACAAGUGAGACGGGGUACGUGCAGAGAAGGCUGAUGAAGGCAAUGGAAGACGUGAUGGUGCAGUACGACAGAACAGCAAGAAACGGAAACGGAGAGAUCCUGCAGUUCCUGUACGGAGAAGAUGGCAUGGGAGCGGAGUACAUCGAGGACCAGCAGAUAGACCUGAUGACGAUGGACGACGAGGAGAUGAACAGAAGGUUCAACCACGACUUCAGAAGUGAGUCGUACGGACUGGGCUGGAUCCUGAACGAGGAAAUAAGAAACACGAUACUGAGCGACUUCUCGCAGCAAGUAAUCCUGGUGGAGGAGUACCAGAAGCUGGUAGACCUGAAGAAGAUGAUCUGCGAGGAGAUCUUCCCGAACGGAGAUCACGCGCAGCACCUGCCGGUGAACAUAAAGAGGAUCCUGGAGUACGCGACGACGCAGUUCCCGGCGACGACGAGCUCGAGAAAUCAGCUGAACCCAGUGGACAUAGCACUGAGAACGAAUAAGCUGCUGGAAAACAUGAUCAUCAUUACGACGAGUGGCCCUACCGACGUGCUGUCGGAGGAGGCGCAGCAAAAUGCGACGAUCCUGAUCAAGGCGCACCUGCGCUGCAACCUUAACAGCAGGUACCUGAUGGAGUACGUGCAAAUAGGAAACCUGGCGCUCGACUGGGUGUACGGAGAAGUGGAGCGCUGCUUCUUCAAAGCAAUAGCGAACCCGGGCGAGUGCGUAGGAGCAAUAGCAGCGCAGUCGAUAGGAGAGCCGGCGACGCAGAUGACGCUCAACACGUUCCACUUCGCAGGAGUGAGCAGCAAGAACGUGACGCUGGGACUGCCGCGCCUGAAGGAGCUUAUCAACGUGGUGACGAACGUGAGGACGCCCUCGCUGACGAUUUACCUGGACGCGAACAUAAGCAAGGACCAGGAGAGAGCGAAGGAGAUGCAGACGCAGCUGGAGUACACGAACUUUGAGCGCCUGGUGGAGAACUACAGCGUAAUAUACGACCCGGUGGUUAACAGCACGAUCGUGAAGGAGGACUACGAGUGGGUGCGAGACUACUACGACGAGUUCAGCAACGGAGAGGAGGAGCGAAUGCUGCAGCUGGUGGAAACUGAGGCGGAGUUCCUGAACAAGUUCAUGACGGACGUCCUGAGCAACAUUAAGCUGCGCGGAGUGAAGGGGAUCACGAAGGUGUACAUGCGCGAGGAGACAUUCACGCGCUACAACGGAGCGACGGGCAGCUUCGACAGAGUCUCGCAGUGGGUGCUGGACACGGACGGCUGCAACCUGGAAAACGUGCUCCCGAUACCAUGUGUGGAGUACACGAAGACAUUCAGCAACGACGUGAGCGAGAUCUUCAACGUAUUCGGAAUCGAGGCGGCACGGCGCGCGCUCCUGAGGGAGAUCAGAGCAGUGAUCUCGUUCGACGGAGCAUACGUCAACUACAGGCACCUCUCGCUGCUCUGCGACAUCAUGACGCAGAAGGGGUACCUGAUGAGCAUCACGAGGCACGGGCUCAACAGAGCGGACCGAGGGCCGCUGGUUAAGUGCAGCUUCGAGGAGACGCUGGAAACGCUGCUUUCAGCCGCAGCAUUCUCGGAGGUGGACCCGCUGCGCGGCGUGACGGAGAACGUGGUCGUGGGACAGCUCUCGCCCUACGGCACGGGCUGCUUCGACAUCAUGAUCGACGAGCUGAAGCUGCGCGACGCGAACCAGUCGAGCGCGACGAUGGCGGACUCGGUGAUGGGCCUGAUCUCGCCGGACUCGACGCCCAUGAGUCCGACGACGCCGGCGAGCAGGAUCAACUCGAUGCUCUCGCCGAUCCCCUUCAGCCCCUCGUACACGUCGCUGAUGAUGUCGCCGAGCGUCGCGGGGCUGGGCCCGAGCACGCCGGGCCUCAUGGUCGACACGUACGCGCUCGGCGGCAGCUUCAGCCCGACCUCGCCGGGCUCGCCCACGAGUCCCACGAGCCCGAUGAGUCCGACUAGCCCGGCCUACAGCGUUACGAGUCCGACCUACGGGGCGGCGGCGAGCCCGACGUACCUGGCCGCGUCGCCGUCCUACAGCCCGACCUCGCCAGCGUACUCGCCCACGUCCCCGGCCUAUUCGCCAACGAGCCCAGCGUACUCGCCGACAUCGCCCUCGUACUCCCCGACGAGUCCGGCUUACUCCCCUACUUCCCCUGCCUACAGUCCGACUUCUCCCGCGUAUUCGCCGACGAGUCCGGCCUACAGUCCCACGAGUCCUAACCUGGGAUACAGUCCGACGUCCCCAGCAUAUUCUCCGACGAGUCCCGCGUACUCGCCGACAUCUCCGGCCUACAGUCCGACCUCGCCAGCUUACAGUCCCACGAGUCCGAACGUGCCGUAUUCGCCAGCGGAUCCGUUCUCGCCAAACCCGUUCCAAGAAGACCCCCAGGAGUAG